AUGGAGUCCCAGAAGCUGCUGAGCAUUGUAUUUCUGUUGUGUUCACUGACUUACUUCUCAUUGGUGACAGUAGCUUCCUCUCCUUCACCAUUAUCCGCCAUUGGAAUACAAGAAAAAGCAGGACCGAAACCACGCUCAAGGGGAGACCAGAGGUCUUGGCUGACUGACUUCUGGGAUUACCUGUGGGACCUCAUCACGAGCUCCAUACCUCCAGCAGCCAUUUUUGCUUUUCUAAUCACCAUAGCACUAAUGGGGACCCUCUGUUGUCUCACUAUUCUUAUAGGUGAACCAGUCCACUGA